CGACGACGACGACGGCGGCGACGUGUCCUCGCGCCUGUCUCCAGCCGAGCGGAUAAACGCGGACGCGUCCAAUACCCAGGAGAAGCCGGCCGAGCCCACCUCCAGCCCCGUACUCACCCAUGACACGGCCUCUUCCAACUCUCUCACCACCCACCUCUCAGGUCCAGUUUUACACUCCGGCUCAGAAUCGCUAUCAGCCAUCCACCAUGCCCCUGUCCCAAGCACAACAGCAGCAGCAACAACAGCCGACUGGCAAUCAACGCAGCCGGUACUCCGUCGGCCAGGCAUUAUCGUCCGCCAAUCGGAAGCCGUCCGACAAAUAUUCAAGCACUAGCGGCUCGCAAACGACGAUGCUGCGGCAGUCCAAGUAUAAGGUGAAUGGAAUAAUGCAGACUGCAGCAACGGCGGUGGCGAACAAACUCGCUGACGACGCUCUGGGAGGCGCCGGUGACGGUCCUGGUAGGCUACCGAUAACGCCACCCGGUACACCGCGGACGACCGGCCAUCCGGCAGCUGGCGAUCAGAAUCAGCUGAGCGACACGUGCCAUCAAAUGCAGGCGCUGACUCUGUAGACACUUCCUACUCCCCUUUUUCUUUGUUCUCUUCGUUGUCCUCUUUGUUGUCUUCUUGAUGAGAAUAUAUAUAUUUAUCUUAUAAGAGUCGAGAGAGAUCACGCGUGCGACCUAAGACGACGGCUGCAAACUGUGAAAAACAGUGUGGCUAUCAACGACAACACACACACACACACACACACACACACACACACACACACAUGCAACGAUAAAUUGUGA